GUACAGAUUUUUGCUCGUGUCUUUUCUUUUCUACGUCUUACUGCUCGUCAAGCACCCAUACACAAAUACAAGGGCUUGUUUUCCGCACCAAUCAAGGUAGCUCCCCUUAUUUCGGCGUCUGGAUCGCAGAUCCUCGACGCAGUGGCGCUUUUUGAUCUACGCUACAUUACGGUUGUCAUGCAAGCGGAAGCGAAAGCUGACGCCUCGCAGCAAAAGGUGGUGAGGGAGAACGACGGUGAUUCGAAGCCUACACCGAAAGCAGAAUCGUUUUAUGAGCGGUGUCUGCGCAGAUGGAUAGGAGUACUCGACCACCUCACCAGCUCUUUCUUGGGCGGACCACGAUGCAUUAAAUUCGCGCAGGUCGUCAACCUCCAGAAAUGCACCACCAUUUUUAUGUGCGUCGCCAUGAUGCUCAAGUCCAAGAAUUUUGCGUCCACUGCCACCACCUACACAGCCCUGCACGGCAGCUACGGACUUUGCUGGUUUUUGAAGCACCUCGUUCUCCCCGAUCCACGCUGGGAGUCGAAGAUGACUGUCGCCAGCGCCAUCAGCGUCUUCGCGUUCGUGCUGGGGCCGUAUUGGAUUGUCGCGUACAACGCCAUCAUGGGCGGUGCUGAGCGCACCAACAUGGAGCUCUGUGCUGCCACCGUCGUCUACGCGGUCGGGCUAGCGCUAAUGUUCGGCGCUGACAUCCAAAAAAAUGCUGUUCUCAAAGAGCGAAAGGGACUGAUCACCGAUGGCUUUUUUGCUCGCACGAGAAACCCUAACUACCUUGGAGAGGUGAUGAUCUAUGGCUCGUUUGCUUACGUUUCGGCAUCUAGCAGCUCAUGGGUUAUCGUAGGGAGUGUAUGGACCUUGGUUUUUCUGCCGUGGAUGCUGCGAAAAGACCAGCGGAUGAGCCGCUACCCCGGAUGGAAGACGUACGUGGCAAAAAGCUGUUUGUUUUUCCCGCGGCUCCUGUGA